AUGCAAACACAAGGACGUGCCUUCAUCGUCGUACCUCAAACAUGGACGCCUCCUUCUACUCCUCUUCUCCCUCCCUUCCAUCUCCUCAACCCUUUCACCUUUCCCGUUUCCUCUCCUACCUUUUCGCUCCCUUACUCCCUCCUCCGGUUCCUCCUCCUGGUCCUCCUGGCCUCCCUUUGUUCGCUGCCCCGCCCGGCUCAGGCCUCCUUGUUCCGGGUCGGGGUCGUGGGUCCGUGGGGGUGCGACCCGCUCUUUGCCAAGGCCCUCCCCAGUGUGGCGGCUCAGCUCGCCGUCAACCGCAUCAACAAGGACCCCUUACUGUCCCGCGCUGCAACGUUCGACUACAUCGUGAUGCAGGAGCCAUGUGAGACAUCGAAGGGUCUGGAGAAGUUCAUUGGUUUCCACACCAAGGCGUCCGGGUACAUCGGACCGGCGAACCCUGGCUACUGCGACGCUGCUUCGAUGCUGAGCAAAGGAUGGAACAAAGCCUUGUUUCCUUGGAGUUGUGUCGGCUACGAGCUGGACGACGUCGGGAGCCAUCCGACCUUCGCCCGCUCGGCGCCGAGGCCCACCAUGGUGCUGCUCAGCGUCAUCAACUACUUCAGAUGGGCCAACGUCGCCAUCAUCGCGUCCUCAGAGGACAUCUGGGUGGAGACGGCCACCAAGGUAGCUGAUUCCUUAAGAAGCCACGGCCUGCCGGUCCGUAUGGUCAGUUUCAUGGAGAACACGCCUCACAGCAUCAGACGAACUCUGACGAAGCUCCGCAAGAUGAGAGAAAUACGGCUGGUGAUCCUCUGCAUGCACUCGGCUCUGAUCGGCGGCGGCGCCCAGAAGCAGCUCUUGGAGGCGGCCUACGACCUGCAGCUGAUCGACGGCUCGCUGGUGUUCGUGCCGUACGACGCCCUGCUCUACAGCCUGCCGUACCGCAACGUCACCUACCCGGCCCUGAAGAGGAACGCGAAGCUGCUGCGGGCCUACGACGCCGUGCUCACCAUCACCAUCGACUCGCCACGGGUUUCCUUCUACGAGGCCUACGGGGAGGCCAUGGAGAGGGGGGAGGUGGCCAGGACGCUGACGCCUCAGCAGGUGUCUCCACUCUUUGGCACCAUCUACAGCUCCGUCCUCUUCAUGGCUCACGCGGUGAAUCGGGUGAGGGAGGCGCGGGAGUGGAUGUCUGGGGGAAACCUGGCGAGACAAACCAUCAACCUGGACUUCCAGGGCUUCAGUCACCCGAUCAGAACCAACGGCUCCGGAGCAGCUCUGCUGGAAUACCUCAUCCUGGACACGGACGGACUCUCCCCGGAGCUGAGGCCGACGUACAGGAUCAACAUGGAGGCGGGUUUGGUGCGUUUCAUGGGUCGAGAAAUCCACUUCCCUCGUGGCUACGGACCCAGGAAGGACUCCUCCUGCUGGUUUACUCCUGGAGUCCUCUGCUCGGGGGGCGUGGAUCUGUUCUCGACCAUCGGCAUGUUUCUCGGAGCGAUGGCCGCCUCUGUUUUCGGCGUGCCAUUUCUUUUCUGCAUCAGGCGACGCAUCAAUCAGAUCCUACUGGUGAAGGGCCCGAACAGGAUCUUGCUGACGCUGGCUGACGUCACGUUCAUCAACCCGUCGCUUAGCAACAAGAAGAUGAGUAUGGACGACAGCAGGGCGAGCGGUGUGAAGAGCUUGUCAGACGCCACAUCGCCGGUCUCCACCCAAUCACCGGCUACCUACGAGAACUCCAACAUCGUCAUCUUCGAGGGCGACUGGGCCUGGCUGAAGCGACUUCCCGACGGGUUGUUUAGCAGAAUCACCCCCAAAACCAGCCAUGUGUUUGAGCUGAUGAAGGACAUGCGUCACGAGAACGUGAACCCUUUCCUGGGCUUCUUUCACGACUGCGGCGUCUUCGCCAUCGUGACGGAGUUCUGCUCCAGAGGGAGUCUGGAGGACCUGCUGUUCAACGACGAAGUCAAACUCGACUGGAUGUUCAAGUCGUCGCUGCUGCUGGAUUUAAUUAAGGGUAUGAAGUACCUCCACCACCGCGGCGUGUCCCACACUCGUCUCAAGUCCCGUAACUGCGUGGUAGACGGGCGCUUUGUCCUGAAGAUCACCGACUACGGCUACAAUGAGGUCCUGGAGGCCCAGAGGUUCUCCUACAUGGAACAACCUGCAAACGAGCUGCUGUGGACGGCUCCAGAGAUCCUGAGGAGCGGACAGCCGGAGCUCCACGGGUCGCCGCCCGGAGACGUUUACAGCUUCGCCAUCAUCAUGCAGGAGGUGGUGGUGAGGGGGCCUCCAUACUGCAUGAUGGACAUGCCCGCCACAGAAAUAAUAGAGAAGUUGCGUAAGCCUCCUCCGCUGUUUCGCCCGGUGGUCAGUCCGGACUACGCUCCUCUAGAGUGCAUCCAGCUGAUGAAACAGUGCUGGAACGAACUGCCCGAAAAGAGACUGAGCUUUGAGGAGAUCUUUGACCAGUUUAAGAACAUCAACAAAGGGAAGAAGACCAACAUCAUCGACUCCAUGCUGAGGAUGCUGGAGCAGUACUCGUCCAACCUGGAGGAGCUGAUCCGGGAGCGAACGGAGGAGCUGGAGAUCGAGAAACAGAAGACGGAGAAGCUGCUGACUCAGAUGCUGCCGCCCUCUGUGGCCGAGGUUCUGAAGGUCGGCGGUACGGUGGAACCGGAGCACUUUGACAGCGUGACGCUUUACUUCAGCGACAUCGUCGGUUUCACCACCAUCUCGGCCAACAGCGAACCCAUCGAGGUGGUCGACCUUCUCAACGACCUCUACACCAUCUUUGACGCCAUCAUAGGAAACCAUGACGUCUACAAGGUGGAGACUAUAGGCGAUGCUUACAUGGUGGCGUCGGGCGUUCCUGUUCCUAACGACAACCGGCACGCUGCAGAGAUAGCCAACAUGUCGCUGGACAUCCUGAGCGCCGUGGGAUCCUUCAAAAUGAGACACAUGCCCGAUGUUCCUGUCAGGAUUCGUAUCGGACUACACACAGGUCCAUGUGUAGCAGGUGUGGUAGGUCUCACGAUGCCUCGCUACUGUCUGUUUGGAGACACAGUGACCACCGCCUCUCGUAUGGAGUCCAGCGGGUUGCCCUACAGGAUCCACGUUCAGCAGAGUACAGUGAAAAUCCUGCAGGACUUAAAUCUCGGCUACAAGUUCGAGUUGAGAGGAAAGAAAGAAGUCAAGGGGAAAGGAGUCGAGGAGACCUACUGGCUCGUAGGAAAAGAUGGAUUUAACAAACCUCUUCCUGUUCCUCCAGAGGUCACUUCCGGCGUCCAAAAGGACCUGAAGCAUCUGUUCCACAAGGCGGUGAAGAAGAUCACUCACGUCCGCAUCGUGACCCAACUCUACGUCCCCGAAGAGGACGGCAACGCCAUCAUGUCGCACCUAAACUAUAACCUUUAA